AUGGUUACCACUCGAUUCAAGAAGUAUUCAUUCGGUAUCUCCUCCUCCAAAAACCCUUCGGCUUCUUGCAGUUCAGAAGCAAUGGAUCUUGUAGCUUCGAAGUCGAUAACUUCCUCGAAAGGGAAACGAUACAAAGGAAUUCUGACUAAGCAUCCGUAUAAGAAGGUAUGCAAGUCCAUUCUGUCGGUACCAAAGUCGUCCUCGAGACCUGAACCGAGGGUUUCUGUGGAAACUGUGGUAUUAGACUCUGACUCAUCAGAAAGUGACGACAAUGUGAUCCUAUCUACUCCUCGUCACCGAACAAGAAGCGCACGUAGCAAUCAAACUACCUCUCCUGCAAAACCUCAGGCAAGUGGUGGUGUGUCUCCUAAGGUAGCGUCACCUCGACCUAGUGAGCAUACUAAGUACUUUGGUGCUCCAUCAUCCCAGGCCUCUGCUAAGACGGCUCCGCUCUGUGAAGCGGAUGAUGAUGAUGAUGAUUCUGAUGAUGAAGACUAUGCUCCAGGAACGAAAGAAAAGACAGAGGCGGAAGCCACAUCCACAUCGACUGAAAACCAGAGUGCAUCUCCUGAAAAGGACCCAUCUGAUCACCGAUCAACUGAAGAACCGGGUGAGUCCUCAAUCUCUAGGUCAACUGAAGGACCGAGUGAGUCUUCGACCCCUGUAUCCACACCAGCGCAUGUGGCAUCCUCCUCUGGCUUUCGGCGCCCACCUACUAAAGACAGCGAGUUGUUUCCACCAAGGCUGGAAGGCAGAAGACUUAUUCGUACUGUCUCUGAGGUACAUAUUCAUGGUGUGUGCUUCAACGUGUCUUCUGAACUUUUAAACUCUUAUCUGGAUAUCACUCUGCCUGCUGACUAUGCGGUUUCGUAUCCCACUUCUGAACGGCUGGCUGAGGAACUUACCGGUGGAACAGUCCCAGUAUGGCCAGUCGAUGGGCAGUUACCAGUUGCCUCCCUAAUGGUUAAGUAUUCAAUUCUUCAUCGAAUUGGGAUCUCUAAUUGGAUUCCGUCUAAGCAUGCCUCCACUAUUUCGACAUCGCUGGGUCACUUUGUGUACCUUGUGGGCACUAAGUCAACCAUUCUGACUCCUCUGGAUACUGUUGGUUCAGCACCUCGGGUUAUACCGCUCAGUAUGCACCUGUUUCAAGGGGCUCACUUUCCUGAUGUUGCUGCUGAGUUUGACAAUGCUCCAGGCGGAACCAGUACUCCUGCUGCCUCGCAACCUGCGGUUGGCCAUCCUGUGACUCUCUCUGUGUCACUUGCCAAUCGGCUGCUGCAAGCUCUUAUUGCUGAAUCUCGUGCUCUGACCUGUCAAAUAAGUGAGCUAACCGAUCGUCGCACUGUAUUGGAUGCUAUCAUCCGUGACCUUCGACGUACAGCUUCUGGAACUACCCCUCCUCCAUAUGAUUAA